UUGCCUGUAUUUGGUAUUACAGUCAUUUCCACUUUGUCUCCCCAGACUGUAAGCCUCAUGAGAUAGGAACUAGACGUGAUGAACAUUGAAGUUAAAAAUGUAUCUUAUACCCAAGCCACUAUCUCCUGGUCCACGCUGGAGCCCUGUCUGGAGAAUAAUUACCAUAUCAUGUACAGGCCCAACUGGAACAGCAUUUUCUCAGGCUACCUGCGCCACCCCUUUCACCACGAAGAAAGGGUGCCCCGAACCCUCAGCUCCCUGGUCCUUCGCCAACUUGCUCCAUCCACGCUCUACUUUCUGUGCAUCACCUGCAAGGAUUCCUACCCCUCCAGCAACCACUGUACUAUGUUCCACACCCUGGAUAAAAGCUCCAAAGCUACCCCUGGCUCCCAGUUGGAUCCUGGCGUAUCUCUCUGGGUGGUCACAGCUCUUCUCCUCGCCUGCUUCAUGGCCAUCCUAGCCUUCUUCUGUCUCCAGUUCUGGUGUCUGAGGUGCCACGAGCCACGGUGGACAUACCACUCAAGCCAGAGGGAGGAAGUUGAUGAGUUGGUGAGGUGGGCCGAGGGUGCUCUGGGCCUUGGGCGGAGGGAGGAAGACUUGCAGGAGUUCCCCAUGGCAGCACUACUGACCAAGAGUUCUAGUGCCACACCCGAGAGCCCCCACAGCUCUCCCCCUUCCCGCUUCUCCCACAAAGGGACUCAGGAUCAAGCUGUUAUGUUUCCUCAUCGUGGGCUAUGA